AGUAUUACCGUUCGGCUGUCAGUGGAUCGUUUCCAUUCCUGGUGAUCACUAGUGCAAUAUCUUUAAUAAUCUCGGCCAGAAUGGAGGUCGAUCCGGAAGAAGAGGCUCGCGACGACGCGCACACGUCUAUUUACGACGGUUAUCCGCCGGAUUUCGGCUACUUCAACAUGGCCCACGGAAUGCUGGUUGAGAUCUCCGAGGAGAUCCGGGCCAAGUUUCCGCAGGAGCCUCGCCUACGGUUUGCCCAACUGAACAGUCUUUACUUGGCGGCCCGCCAUGGCCAGAUGUUGAGUUUCGUCGAGAUUUUGAACACAGUUAGCUGCAGGGCGGUGCAGGCCCACCUGGUCAAUACAAAUUUCGAUCAGCCAGAUGGACAAUCGCUAACCCCGCUAACCAUGGCCGCAAUGUCGGGCAAUGUGAAAUUUGUCAAAACCCUGCUGUCUCACUACGACGUGGAUUUGGAACGAGAGUGCAAUGUCAUCUUCGACGGAAUGGUCGUCUACGGUGCAACCGCCCUGUGGGUGGCUGCCGGAAUGGGUCACUUGCAGAUUGUCAAAAUGCUCGUCCAGGCGGGGGCGGCCAUCAAUCACAACACCAAGGCGCAGUCGUCGCCGCUGAGAGCAGCAUGCUACGAGGGUCGAUUAGACAUCGUUGAAUUCCUUAUUGAUAACGGAGCUGACGUCAAUGCUACGAAUUUGUUUAACAAUAACACGCUAAUGAUUGCCGCCUACAAGGGUCACCACUUGGUGGUAAACACCCUCCUUCAAAAUGGAUCGAGAGCCAACGAUCAAGCUCUGUGUGGAGCCACUGCCUUGCACUAUGCGGCGGAGAGCGGUCACCUGGAUGUGGUGGUGGCUCUGCUGGACCACGGAGCCACUCUUAAGAAGAACGAACUGGGCAUCACACCCGCCUUGCAGGCAGCCGAACGGCUUCACGAGGAUGUCGUCGAGGCGUUCAUUCAACGACCGGGUCUGAUGAGCUUAGAGGAGCAGAUCACUGCCUUGGAGUUGAUGGGAGCCACUUACGCAAAUGACAAAACCAAGUACGAUGUGAAUAAGGCGUACAGCUAUCUGCUGAGAGCCAUGCAGAUGCGGUACAGCAAUCCACGUGGUGUGAUCCGCAAGAAAGUUCAGCCUACGGUGCCUGCCUACGACAAUUGGUUUGAGACUGAAAAUCUGCCCGAACUGUAUGCCAUUAAGCUGAACCACCACUCCAUCCACAUGGAGUCGCUGGCCAUAAGGGAACGCAUACUGGGCCGCAAUAAUCCGGAGCUGCCUCAGGCCAUCAUCUAUCGGGGAGCUGUGAUGGCCGAUCAGGGAAGGUUCUACCCCUGCCAGGACCUUUGGAACUACGCCAUAGAUCUACGAAUGAUGAAUAAUGUUUCGGUGGAUCGCGAUCUCUUACGUUUUGCCCAGCUUUUCGCUCAGAUUCUGCGGGUAGAGAACCACAACCUGAGGUUGGAUCACGUUCUCCCCGUUUUGGCCAAGUGCCAGCAGGAGAUCGAGAACAAUAAGUUCAAAAUAAAGGAAGCCAAGCCCAACACUUGCCCUAGUUUGUGGCAGGACCAAAAUAAUCAAAAUUGCAUUACUGCUCUCUAUCUUAUAAAGAUAGUAACUCACUUGGCGCGAGGCAGGAAGGACCAGAGCAUCAACGAGGAUCAAAUUCAGCAGCUAUUUCUGGUGGUGCGCAAGUUCAUACAGAAUGACACUCGACUGCAGGAUGGGCAGACAUUGUUGCACAUUGCAGUGAAUGGAAUAAUGCCAGUUGAUGAGUUUUACACGAAUGAAAUGUGCAGAUUCCCUUGUUAUGCCACUGCUCUAGUCCUGGUGCACUGCGGCGCUUCUGUGGUUGCCGUAGAUGCCGCUCGAAACACCCCGCUUCACAUCCUGGUAACAAAGGUGAACACUUCACAGGAUCGCCAGGCGGAAAUGGCGCGAAUUCUUCAGCUGUUUGUGGAGGCUGGCGCCCAUUUGGAUGCGGUAAACGCGGCUGGUCAGACAGCGGCCACGGCUUGCAAGCUACCUGUCUUGGCCAAUCGCCUGCAUGGUUAUCAGAAUGCCCACACCAGCCUCAAGUGUCUCGCUGCCCGCACCAUUGCAACCAAUCGGCUUAACUUCAAGGGUCUGAUACCCACGCAACUGGAGGCCUUCAUUCAAAUGCACAGCGUGCACAAGGUGCUCCCUUAGAUUGCCAAAGGCAACAGCCGCAACAAAAGUAAUUAAAACUGUGAAUACACUGAGCCACGUUGGAACACAAUUUAUGUAUCGAUAUGUACAAGCUUGGGUGUCUGUCUGUAUGUACGAGCUAUAUCGAAUUUAGCGACUUAAUUUAGCCAAAAGAAUGCAAAGGGAAACGUUUUAUUUUUGUACACAUUUUAUUUAGAAUUUUUUUCACUCUUAAUUUAUUUACAAUUACAAUCUGUAACAACUGCACACGUGGACUGACUGUUUGUUUGUUAUCAUUAAUCAUAAUCAUAACUAUUAAUCAUACCUAUUUAUGUAAAAUCAUUUUGUACAUUUUUUAUGUAAAACUACUAUUAUUCGCAGUGCAAGAAGGCGCAGGCCACCUAAGUUGAAUCAAUCGAAUUGAUUAUCUUUUUUUAGGUGCAAGUCAAAUAAAAAAUCCAAACAAAAUAUGUAAAUCACA